GAUUGUCAUCGACGGCUCGUACAUACACAGUGCGUCAUCCGAUCUCCAAAUGCAGACUGCAGGCUGCAGUGUGACAGGCCCAUGAUUCUUUGAACUUCCUAGCUGAAUUCAUGGCGGCCACAUCAAGGUUGCUCCCUGUUGAGCUCAGCAAGGCAGGGUUUAUAACUUCAAAACCUGAAUGCUGUCCACAGGCAUUGAAUUCUGCGGUUGGUUUGCGACGUCUAUUACCCAGCCACUCUGUCCAACAGCAAAAAGUAGCAAACAACGUUGCGGGUUGUUUACCAACAUCGUUUUGGGGAAAGCAACUACCAGGCGAGCGGAAACAGGUACAAGUGGGUCGCGCACCGGCUCCUCGCUUACAAGCGGUGUCGAUAAGAGCUUCUUCUGACGGUGACAAGGGCACAAUUGCAGUUGCGGGGGGAACUGGUUUUAUUGGCAGCAAACUUGUUGAGAAGCUUCUCAAUGAAGGGUACAAAGUGAAGGUAUUGACGAGGUCGGCGGACAAAGCGAAGUCGGUCUUCUCAGGCAAGUCGAUCGAGAUUGCAGAGCCCCACCAAUGGAACCAGGCGCUAGCUGGCACGACGGGAGUGGUCAACCUGGUCGGGACACCGAUCGCGACGCGGUGGAACGAGGAGGUCAAGGCGGACAUCAAGGCCAGCAGAAUCAAGACCACGAAACGGUUGGUAGACGCCAUCAACGCGCUUCCACAAAACCAACGGCCGAAAGCUUUUGUAAGCUCGUCGGCGCUGGGGUACUACGGCAUUAGCGACACCGCCCGGUUCGUGGAGGACAGUCCUUCCGGCAACGACUACCUAGCGCAAGUUUGUCGAGAGUGGGAGGCCGCGGCAAAGGGUGUGAAUGGGCCACGGUUGGUGCUGGUGCGGACGGGGAUAGUGUUGGAUAAGGACGGGGGGGCGCUAGCCAAGAUGAUCCCCCUGUUCCAGCUGUUCGCGGGCGGUCCCCUUGGCUCCGGACGGCAAUGGUUUUCCUGGGUCCAUCGAGACGACUUGGCCAACCUCAUUAUUGAAGCGUUGGAGAAUCCGAAGUAUGAGGGCCCUGUAAACGGAACCGCGCCCAACCCGGUGACUCUGGGCGAAAUGUGCGACAAGUUAGGCCAGGCGCUGGGGAGGCCUUCCUGGCUCCCGGUUCCCGAGUUUGCAGUUCGGUCGCUGCUCGGCGAAGGGGCGUCCACGGUGCUUGAAGGCCAGCGGGUUCUUCCAAAGAAGGCACAGGAUUUGGGCUUCACCUUCAAGUACCCCGAAAUCAGUGGGGCCUUGCGGGCAAUAGUUGCUUCUUGAGGCGUAUUUAAUUGAGCGCAAGCUCGUGUUUAGCUUUACCUCGUUGCUUCGAAACGUUUUCGAUUCCAGAUUUUGAUUUCUGAGGACACGUUAAGAGUUUUCAUACUCAUCUGAGUCGUGUUGUCUUGUGACAUGGGCGUCACCAAAGUCGGAU